AUGUCUUCGCGCACCACGAGAUCGACUCGAUCGACUCGCUCGUCUGUAGCGUCUGAGACACUGUCUCCGGCCGUGACUUUGACAAAAACGACGCGAUCUCGCAAAACUGCGGAAUCAAAGACCACAACAACAAAGACGACCACAACCAAACCUGCAGCAAAUCGCUCACGACGCGCAAAGAAGGUGGUCUAUGACGAAAGCGAGGAUGAGCAAAACAGCGAUGACGAUGCGAAUUCUGUAUCCUUCGACCAGGCCUCGUCUGUUAGCAGCACUCCUCUCGCUCAGCUGUCCGCGUCUAAACAAAACACAGACCACGGCGCGAGCCCUUUGUCGCCUACGACGCAGCAUGUUGACAGACUCAGACGUCUGACGCUGCAGUCUCCGAUAGCGGAUAGCGACAUUGCUAACCGCGAGAAUAUCAGAGAGUCAACACUUACUCCAAAGCAGUUGCAAACACCAAUCAUCAAGCCCGAACCGCUGGACGACGUUUCUCCCUCUCGCCAGAAUGUUUCUGUUGUUGGGCUUGAUCCUGCUUACCCCAAAAUGAAGGCAAGCACAGAAGAGGCUGUGAAGGAACCGACUCCGGUUCCAGAGGGACCUAAGCAACGCCUCGUCAUCACCAACCUGGUACUCAACAACUUCAAGUCUUAUGCCGGCCGCCAGGAAGUCGGACCUUUCCACAGCUCGUUCUCUGCGGUGGUUGGACCUAACGGUUCGGGAAAGUCCAAUGUCAUUGACUCGCUUCUCUUUGUAUUUGGUUUCCGCGCCAACAAAAUGCGUCAGGCGAAGCUCUCUGCGCUGAUCCACAAUUCAGCAGUUCAUCCGGAUCUUACUCAGUGUAGCGUCGAAGUGCAUUUUCAAGACGUGAUUGAUAAUCCUGAUGGGACCACGUCCUUCGUUCCUGAUUCUCGACUAGUAGUCGCUCGUCGCGCUUUCAAAAACAAUUCGUCCAAGUACACAAUUAACGACCGCGAGAGUAACUACGGUGAAGUCACCACAUUACUCCGUGAACGUGGAAUCGAUCUCGACCAUAAACGAUUCUUGAUUCUUCAAGGAGAGGUUGAAAGUAUUGCGCAGAUGAAGCCAAAGGCAAUGAACGAUAGUGACGAUGGGCUUUUGGAGUAUUUGGAAGAUAUCAUUGGUACUUCAAAGUAUAAAAAGCUGAUUGACGAGUCGGCGGUCGAGGUUGAGGCUUUGAACGAAGCUUGUCAUGAAAAGCUCGGACGUUUGGAGAUUGUCCAGAAGGAGAAAUCGAAGCUUGAGGAUGCUCGGAAAGCUGCCAUGUCCUAUAUCAACGACAAUAAUGAGUUGGUACAGAAGCAGAAUGCUCUUUAUCAACUGUAUAUUACUACCAGCCAACAGAACGUCACCGUUACCGAGGAACUUCUGGCUGAACUCAAGGCUCAACUCGAAGAGCAGUUGGCCAGCAACAAAGGCAACCAGGACGAGGUCAAGUCGCUUAACGACAGCUACAAGGAGGCAAUCGAGGAACUUGAGACUUUCCGAGCCCAGGCCAAAGCUACCGCAAAGGCUCAUGCUAAGCACGAGCGUGAUGUUGUCCAGCUUACGGAGAGGAAGAAGCAUAUAGCGGCAAAACAGGAAAAACUCUCGAAGCUCAUCGCAAGCGCAAAAUUGUCUGUCAACAGUUCGGCUGGAUGGAUGUCAAACUACGAUGAGGAGAUUGAGCGUCUCUCAAGCGAAAUUGAACAGCUACAGAACAACCUCCAGGGCGAAGAGAGCAAGUUGGAGGAGAUCAAGGAGAGCCUUGAGGGUAGUACGAGAGGUAUCUCUGACGAAAUCGAGCAGAAGAAGAAACUUCUAGAGCCCUGGAACGAGAAGAUGAAUAUGAAGAUCUCUGAACUUGAUGUUGCAAAGAGUGAGCUUCAAAUAUUCAUUGACCGACGUGCAGCGAAUGAAUCUGCAAUUGCAGAUCAGGAGGCUAGAAUUAAAGAGAUCAAGGUCAAUGGACGUGCAAAGGAACAAGAGAUCGAGAACUUGAAGGUGGAGCUUGCGCAUGUCAAUGAGCAGAUUGUUCUAGGAGAGGACGAAUGUGCUCAAGCUUCUUCCGCGCUUGACGAAAUGCGACAGCAGGUGUCCAUCGCUCGCCAGCGAGUCCAGGAGGCGCGAGAGCAAAUGGCUGCCUCAGAAAGCCAAGGUAAUGUUCUCUCCAGCCUGAAGAGACUUGAGGAAUCUGGACGCAUCAGCGGAUUCUAUGGCCGUCUAGGAAAUCUUGGCGCCAUUGACGAGCGUUUCGAUGUCGCCAUUUCCACUGCUUGCCCAUCGCUCAACAACCUUGUCGUGGAAAGCGUUGAGACGGGUCAAGCCUGUAUCGAGUAUUUGAGAAAGAACAACCUCGGUCGUGGCAUGUUUAUUUUGCUGGAUCGGUUGGCUCAGAGAGACUUAUCGCCCAUUCAGACUCCAGAGAACGCGCCUCGUUUGUUUGACCUUGUGCGACCCAAAGAUCCUAAAUAUGCGCAGGCAUUUUAUAGUGUUUUGCAUGAUACCCUUGUUGCCAAAGACAUGGCUCAAGCUAACCGGAUUGCGUUUGGCAAAAAGAGAUGGCGUGUCGUGACCAUUGAUGGUAAACUCAUUGAUACUUCAGGAACAAUGAGUGGUGGUGGCUCCAGAGUUUCUAAAGGUCUGAUGAAGAGCAAACUGUCUGACGGAAUCUCUGAGAAGGAGUUUAAGAAGAUCGAGACUGAACUUGCGAAGGCCGAGCAGAGGUUCCAAGAGGAGCAAGCCAAAGUCAAUGUGAUGGAGGAUGCUCUAUCAGAGUUGAAGAAGAGGAAACCGAAGCUUGAGGUGUCUAUUUCAAAGAUCGAGCUGGAGAUUCAAGCCAUGGGCACUCAUCUGCUGGAUGCUAAGAAAAUGCUUGCCGAGCUGAAGUCUGAGCUUGAUUCGAGCUCUGCGGAUGAUGCUGCUGUCAAGAAGCUCGAAAAGAAGAUCUCUGGGCUCGAGGCCGAAGCUGAACAAAUUCGCUCAAAGACGUCGUCUAUCGAAGAUGAGAUCAAGGGGCUCGAAGAGCAGAUUAUGCAGAUUGGUGGUGUCAAGCUUCGGAUUCAAAAGUCAAAGGUUGACGGUAUCAUGCAGCAGAUCGAGAUCAGAAACGAGCAGAUCUCCAACAGCGAAAUGGCGAAGGCCAAAGCUGGAAAGGAAUCUUCCAAACAAAACAAGGCUGUGGCGACUGCUGAGAAGGAGCUAGCAGAGGUGGAAAUCGAGUCCAAAGCUGUCGAGGAGGAGCUAGCUGGUGUUCAGAUGCAGGCGGACGAGGUUGAAAAAGUAGCAAACGAGGCAGCCUUCACUCUCGAGGAAAUGCAGGAAAACGUCAAGGCAAUCAAGCAAAGAGUUGACGAACGCACCAAAGAGAUCAACGAUUUCCGAAAAGUUGAGAUCGAUCUCGAGAAUAGAAUAGAGGUACAUGAGAAGGAAAUUCGAGAGAACCGGGCCAGACUAAAGCAUUGGUCUGAGAAGCUCGCUAGCUUGGUGCUCCAGGAUACUGGCGACGAAGAUGAGAUGCAGACUGAACUGCCUACUUACAGCGAAGACGAACUCCAAGGAAUGGAUAACGACGAGUUGAAGGCUGAGAUUGCUCUAUUGGAAGAAAAGACCGAUAAGGCGCAUGUCGACCUCGCAGUUAUUGAAGAAUACCGCCGCCGCGAGAAGGAGUUUGGUACGCGAAACGCAGAUUUGACGGCUGCUGUUGCUCAGCGUGAUGCUAUGAAGCAGCGGUAUGAGGAUCUACGCAAGCGACGUCUGGAUGAGUUUAUGGCUGGAUUCAGUCAGAUUUCGGUCAAGCUGAAAGAGAUGUAUCAAAUGAUCACAAUGGGCGGAAAUGCCGAACUCGAGCUCGUUGAUAGUUUGGACCCGUUUUCGGAAGGUAUCCUAUUCAGUGUGAUGCCACCAAAGAAGAGCUGGAAGAACAUUUCGAAUCUGUCUGGUGGUGAGAAGACUCUCAGUUCACUGGCUCUUGUUUUCGCGUUGCAUCAUUUCAAGCCUACUCCGCUCUAUGUCAUGGACGAGAUUGAUGCUGCGCUGGAUUUCCGCAACGUUUCUAUUGUGGCUAAUUACAUUAAGGAGAGAACGAAGAACGCGCAGUUCAUUGUCAUUUCCUUGCGAAAUAACAUGUUUGAGCUUGCUCAGCAACUUGUCGGCAUUUAUAAGGUCAAUCAUAUGACCAAGAGUAUUACUCUGAAAAACCAGGAGUUGACUACGAUUGUUCGAGAUCGCAGAGUCACUGAGGAGCAGCAGCGACGGCAGCUGCAGACCUAA